UGACUCUGCUUGCGUUGUUUUCCUUCCUUUACUCUGUCAAUGUCCUUACUUUAACAUAUGCCCCGGUUUUCUGCUUCGCUGAAGUGUGCACUCUUCAAAACAGCUUCCAGCCAGGCUUUGUGGCCGAGGGUGACUACGUUAUCGGAGGCAUCUUUCCCCUUCAUUACAACCAGGAGAUGCCAGACCUAAACUGCACCUACAGACCACCACCAGUGAAGUGCAACGGAUUUGAUCCGAGGGCAUUUCGCUGGGCUCAGACCAUGAGGCUGGCAGUGGAGGAGAUCAACCAGAGUCACGACCUGUUGCCAAAUCACACCCUGGGGUACAAAAUCUUUGAUUCCUGUGCUUAUCCACUGACCGGCCAGAGGGCUGCUCUGGCUGUGCUGAACGGAAUGAGUGAGGAGGACUCUCCAACAUGCAGUGGUGCUUCUCCGCUCCUUGCUGUGAUCGGAGAAUCUGGUUCAGCUCAGUCCAUCGUGGUGUCAAGAAUCCUGCAGCCUUUCAGAAUCCCGAUGAUCAGCUACUUUUCCUCCUGUGCAUGUUUCACUGACAGAAGACAAUAUCCUACUUUCUUCAGAGUAAUUCCUAAUGAUGACUAUCAGGUGAAGGCCAUUGCUCAGCUGCUGGUGCGCUUCAACUGGACUUGGGUGGGACUGGUGCGAGGGGACCAUGAAUACGGACGCUUUGCCGUACAAGGUUUACUGAGAGAACUGGAAGGCACCAAAGUGUGUGUGGCAUACCAAGAAAUGAUCCCUCUGCUCUACAAUCGCCAGAGGGCCCUGGAGAUCAUGCAGGUGAUGCGCACGUCUUCUGCAAAAGUAGUGGUGGUAUUUUCAGCUGAGGGCGAAAUGACUCCUUUCUUGAGAGACUACAUGGAGGAGAACAUCACUGGAAUCCAGUGGGUGGCUAGUGAGGCCUGGAUCACAGCAUCCGUCUUCACAGGGAGCGAGUAUUACCCCUUCCUGGGAGGCACCAUUGGGUUUGGUAUCAGAAAGGGUCGUAUCUUCCGGCUCAGUGACUACCUGCAGACAAUAAACCCUCAGAGGUAUCCCGAUAAUGUUCUGGUGCAGGAGCUGUGGGAGGCUCUGUAUGGCUGCAGUUCUUCUCUUUCCUCUGCCUCCCAGUUGCCAUUAUGCUCGGGGCAGGAGAUGCUGUUGGAGCAGCAUUCAGCCUACAUGAACACAUCCAGCCCCAGAGUGGCCUAUAACGUCUAUAAAGGUGUGUACGCAGUUGCUCAUUCUCUGCACAACCUUCUCCGCUGUCAACCAGGAAGUGGGCCUUUUCAAAACAAGUCAUGCGCUCAGAGUAACAACAUCUUCCCCUGGCAGCUCCAGUACUAUCUCCAGGAAGUGUCAUUUAACAUUGCCGGGGAAGAGGUAAACUUUGACCUGAAGGGCGACUCCAUACCAUAUUAUGACAUUAUCAACUGGCAGAGAGGCGCAAGCGGGAACAUUGAAUUUAUCAACGUGGGGUUGUUUGACGGAACCAAGCCUGAUGGAGAGGAGCUGGUGAUCCAGGAGGACAGGAUAAUGUGGGCAGGGCAUCAGAGUGAGGUGCCAGUGUCUGUAUGCAGUGCCAGCUGCCUUCCAGGGUCCAGGAAGGCUGUCCGUCGUGGGGAGCCUGUCUGCUGCUUUGACUGUGUACCAUGUGACAGCGGCAAAAUUAGCAAUCAGACAAAUUCAAUAGAAUGCACAUUUUGUCCCGAAGACUUCUGGUCAAACAUGGACAGAACAGCCUGCAUCCCCAAGAGGGUGGAGUUCUUGUCCUAUGAUGCCUUGGGAAUAGCUCUGACAGUGAUCUCUGUGGUGGGUGCCUGCCUCACCGUGGCUGUCCUUGCAGUGUUCUUUUACCACAGGAACACAGCAAUCGUCCGCGUGAAUAACUCAGAACUCAGCUUCUUCAUCCUGUUUGCCCUGACGCUGUGCUUCCUUUGUUCGCUGGUUUUCAUUGGAGAGCCAACAUUUUGGUCCUGCAUGCUUCGCCACACUGCCUUCAGCAUCACUUUUUCACUUUGCAUCUCCUGCAUCCUGGGAAAAACUCUGGUGGUGUUGGCUGCUUUCACUGCCACCAGGCCAGGGAACAAUAUAAUGAAGUGGCUUGGGCCCAAGCAGCAGAGGGCCAUUAUCUUCAGCUGCACUGUGGUUCAGGUAGUCAUCUGUGCCGCCUGGCUAAUAGACGCUCCACCUUUUCCAUUCCGAAAUACCAAGUAUGAACGCUCGAAGAUCAUACUGGAGUGCAGCGUGGGAUCUAGCUUUGCAUUUUGGUGUGUUUUGGGAUAUAUUGGCCUACAAGCUUGUCUCUGCUUUAUACUGGCGUUUCUGGCCCGCAAGUUGCCCGGCAACUUCAAUGAGGCCAAAUUCAUCACUUUCAGCAUGCUGAUCUUCUGCGCAGUGUGGCUGGCGUUCAUCCCUGCUUAUAUCAGCUCUCCUGGAAAUUACGCCGAUGCCGUGGAGUCAUUUGCCAUUCUGGCUUCCAGCUUUGGUUUGCUGUUCUGCCUGUUUGCUCCCAAGUGUUACAUUAUCUUAGUGAAGCCAGAAAAAAAUACAAAGCAGCACCUCUUGGGAAAAGAAAAGAAGUAAUGUUACUUCUUCACAAGUCCUAAUUAAUUUCACAUUUGUUCUAGACCGUGUGCUAGAAAAAAAGUUGCAUAAUUACA